UUAGCUCUGUCAUACCUUAGGUAGAAAACUGUGCCAAUGUUUUCUACGGGGAUUUAAAGAAGACUAACGUUCAUGAUGGAUGUUUUCUAGAACCUCUCAUUUCAGAGAAGUCUAUCUAAAAUACGUUUCUGACUGAAUUCCUCGUGGAACUACGUGUCAUAUCACAGGCAUGGAAAUAUUUGACCCAAAAUGUGCCAACUUUCAAAUUGCCCUGUGCGAUCUAACCGUCUGUGAGGUCUACCGUGCCAGAUGAUGCAAACUCUCUUGGAACUACUUUUGCAAGGAGAUAUCGUAUAAUAUCUUAUGAAGAAACAUGUCAUCGCAUUUUAACAGGAAGCUGUUUUUGUGCCAGACACUCACCUUCAUCAUUCUUCUGCUCUCACCUCUCUGCCUCUGGGCUCAGCAUUCCUCCAGGGGGUCUGUUGGGGGGUCGGUGGGUGUCCGUGGUGGUCGUGUGCGGCGGCAGCUGCACUUCAGGAAUGAGUGGGCGGGCUGGAGCGGCUGGUCUGUGUGCUCCCGCAGCUGUGGAGGAGGAGCGUCGGUCCGCAUGCGCACCUGUAUCACCAGAAACCCGGUCGGAGGUCCAUGCGUGGGAGACCCUCGACAGUACAAGAUAUGUAACACCAAGGAGUGUCCAGUGGGUGAGAUGGACUUCAGAGAGAUGCAGUGUAAAGCCUUUGAUGACCGUCCUGUGACGUCAGGCAGCAGGUACAAAUGGACGACCUUUCAUGGAGGCUCUGACCCAUGUGAGUUGAGCUGUCUGGCAGUUGGUCAUAAUUUUUACUACAAUUUUGGCCGAGUUCUGGACGGCACCCCCUGCCAGACCGAAUCUAGGGCUGUGUGUGUCAACGGGAAGUGUCUGGAGCCUGGCUGUGACCUGAUCCUGGGCUCCAAGCGGGAGGAGGAUGCUUGCAUGGUGUGCGGAGGUCAUAAUAGCACCUGUCUCCAUCACCGCAAUAUCUACCAGAACAACGGACAAGAUGGGGGGCCGUUUGGGUACAAUGAGGUCACCAUGAUCCCAGCUGGCGCCACACACAUCAGGGUGACGGACAACAGCAGGAACUAUCUGGCCCUCCAAAAUGGCCGCUCGCAGUUUGUCAUCAACGGUAACUGGAAGAUCAGCACACCAGGGGAGUACAACGUGGCCGGCACCAAACUGGUCUAUCGGCGCUCCGCCGACACUUGGGAAAGCUUUGAAGUGCCAGGGCCCACAAAGGAGGACCUGCACAUUAUGGUCUUAUCCACGGAUAAGAACACCGGGAUUGAGUAUGAGUACUGGCUUCCACCUGACCAGUUCGCACUGCAUCAUGGGAGACGCAGUCCUCUGCGGCUGCCCCACCAUGCUGGCUUUCCACCUUGGGUUCCUCCAACUCCCAGCACCACCACCACCACUACCACCACUACCACCACCACCACCACCAGACCUCCCUUAGUCACGCGGCCGUACUGGGCACCAGUGGGGGGUAGAGAGGUGAACCCUUACCUGCAGCAUCAGCCUUAUCAUCCUCCUCCGCCUCCUCGCCGUCAUGUUCCUCAUCAACCUCAUCAGUACGAACCGCAUCACAAUCACCUGCCUGAGGGACCACGGCGAGGGCGUUGUGGGAAGUGUAGACGAGUACGGGGUCGAUCCGAGAGGCAGAGGCAGUACUGCGAGAAAGACUUUGUGUUCCGUGCCCAGAUCCUAGAGAAGAACUACCGUGGCGAGGAGACGCGUUACGACGUCCAGGUGAUCCACACCUACCGCAACCGGUACCGGCUGGAGCACCGCGAGUUCCUGUGGGUGCCCAACGUGUGCGACUGCCCGGCGCUGGAGGAGGGCCGCCAGUACGUGCUGAUGGUGCGCCGCCACAUCAACUACGAGCGCACGCUGGACCGCAUCCUGCUGGAGGAGGACAGCUACGUCCAGCCCUUCCGGCCGCGCGAGCACAGCCUGCUCAAGCCCCUGGAGGAGCUGUGCUCCAACCGGGGGCCGCUGCACCAGCAGCCCCAGCAGCCCCCAUCGCACCGCCACCACAGAAGAGGAUAGAGCGACAGAGCGACAGACAGAGCUUGAGAGAAAGAGAGACAGAUGGAUUUGCUCAAUUUCCCUUCAACGUUCUCUUGUUUUGCCGUGCCUAUUAAAAAAAAGACUCAUCCUAAAUCAUGGAAGACAUGGACAAUGGAGAGUGAAUACAAUCGUCAUGGUCACAAGCUCCCAGCCAGCUAAGGAUAUAUUUUCCCAAAUAUAUAUCCAACUGUUGUCCCAGGUGGAUUUACUUACCCCUGCAUCCUGCCUGUAACAGCAUGACUAACAAUAUGACUAAAAUUAUGACUGAUAUGAUAGUGUGAUUGGUAUGACUGAUGUGACUGAUGUGACUGAUAUGACUGAUUCUGUCCUGCGAGUUUCAACCUCCAGCCCUUUCACCAGAGCUUUUACAUCUGCUGCCACAUUCAUUGUUCUAUUGUCAUCUGAAAGCUCACUGACUGCAAAAAUAACUGGCUUUUCCCUGAAGACAUUUCUGAAGAAUAUUGCCUCAAACAGAAAAAGUGGACUUUUUCUACAGUCUUUAGUCAAACGUCUCCGCGCUCCCUGUGUUGCACGUACUUGCCAUGCUAACCAUGCCCCAGCCCCAGCUGUACAGCUGUAUGUGAUGUGAAGGGAGGUGAGACAGGAGCUCUGCUUGGCUCUGUUGUUGACCUCAGUCGGAUGGAGGAGGGAGAAGAUGGAUGUGGGAACAGCAGCACUCCUGUUGGAAAGAAGAGCAUUUUACGGAUGGUGUGAUGAGACUGUUAAGAGAGACCGGGAUGGCUAUGGAGACUGUUAAAGGUGACGUCUUCAGGAAAUGGAGUUUACCAGAACAGAUGACAAGGACAGUGUAAGCUGUGUUCAUUAUCUAAUUGUUUAUUUGUAUUCAUUCAGUCAACAAAAAAAAACAAAGCACUUUAGGUGAAGGUUUGGAUUCACUUUUAUAUACCAAAGAGAGAAGACAGUGAACAAUGAGGUGAUGGAUUGCAGAUACUUAUGUCCACUCCAUACCUGUCUCUGGGCAGUCAGUGGACAAGAGCUUUCAGACAUCUACAGUCACAUGACCAUACUGUAUGUCCGCAUCUCUUUAGCUCACUGGUAUGGUUCUGCAGAAACAAAACCCACCAUCAUCCUUCUGUUUCCGGUAUCAAUUCAGUCUUCUGUUUUCUGUGAGUCUCUGGUGUGGUUCCCGUGGAGACUGAGUGCAUUAGAACACACUGAGGGGUGGGUGGAGAGAAAAAGGAACCAUGGAAACGCUAAAGUUCCUUUGGUUCCCUCACUAUCUUUGCAUUGUGUUUUUCUGCUUUAUUUAUGUGCCAACGAAAUACUUUGAAAUUAUGUGUAUUUGUAUAUUUCUUUUGAUAUUAUGUUUUUAUGACAUUUGGUUUUAUCAACACACCAUUGCUAAUGUGUAAUAAGGUAUUUUAAGUUAUUUCUGUUCAGUUAUUCCUCCAUAUGUAAUGGCAUAUAUAAUAUUUUUGUCCUAUUUACCCAUGUGUGUGACAGCAGCAACUUGUUGCAUGUUUUAACACUGCUUUGAUCUUUAAUUGCUCAAUGUUGGAAACCUGUAUAGUAUCUUUAUUGGGUUUCUGAGGACAUAGUCACAAUCACACAACUAACCUCCAAGGCCAAGCUUCUAAUCCAGUUUUUAUAUCAAAUGAUUGCAUCUGGCUAGCCAAGACACAUAGAAAGAAGUUUGCUCUCUUGCUAAGUCCUAUUGAAUGAAGUGUUGAAACACCACAAACCCAGCAAAAAUCAGAUAUGCUUCUACUGUAAUUAUAGCCAUAAAGCCAUAUUGAUUUCUGACCCACUAUCAGUGAAUGCUGCAAUCAAUUGUGCUCCAGCUUAGCUAAAUGCCUCAAAAAGUGUGUGUGUGUGUGUGUGUGUGUGUGUGUGUGUGUGUGUGUGUGUGUGUGUGUGUGUGUGUGCGUGCGUGUGUGUGCAUGUUUCACAGGGUCCAUAACAAGCAAAGAGUUAAUAUCAUUAUGCCACUCACUGCUUUUGUACAUUUAGUUCCAUUCCAGUUCCAGUGAAGCUUUACUCAAUUUCAAUACUCAAGUCCCUUAUACUGUAUGUCCCUGCUCCUGGUUGAUGCACAUAUCAGUAUUUCUUCUGGAAAGCAGUAAUUGUCUCUUUUGAUUGUUGGUGACUGAAAGUUGUAUUUUUUGUGUAUUUUAAUUGCUAUCUUCCAUUACUGUCCAUGUGUGUUGAUACUAUUAUUAUUGAUGAUACACCUUACAUAAUACAGCACU